CGGACGCUGCUGUGCUCGGUGCGCGGAUCCUCCUGCAGCUGCUGGAUUCACAGUAUGAGACCAGAUCCAAAACAUGCUUUGGCUGAUUUUCCCAUCCUGAGCCGUCGCACACAUGCUGGACGCUUAAAUGUGGACGCGGGGAGGACGAGGGAUGUAGUUGCAAUGGAUUAAUGAGGAGUACGCAUGGAUUUUUCCCCCUGAGAUUAUUGUCUUGUAAUAUUUCGCCCCCCUGUCUUGGCCAUGGAGAACCAAGCAGCCGAGCCGCAGAACUAUGAAGAUGUGCAGAAAAGCGGCUAUCUCCGCAAGCAUAAAUCAAUGCACCGGCGGUUCUUCGUGCUGAGGGCGGCCUCGGAGCAUGGUCCUGCUCGACUUGAGUAUUACGAGAACGAGAAGAAAUUCCGCAGUAAAUCACCUGUGCCCAAAAAAGUCCUGAACCUGGAGACUUGCUUCAACAUCAACAAGCGGGCAGAUUCCAAGAACAAGCACAUGAUAGUCCUUUAUACCCGCAGCGAGAGCUUUGCCAUCGCUGCAGACAGCGAGGAGGUCCAAAACGAGUGGUACCAGGCAAUGCUGGACCUCCAGUGCAACUGUAAGACUCCUGAGGACUAUGGCAGUAGUGGAGAGUGUAGCUCUCCGUCUCCUAUUCCAACCUUCAAGGAAGUAUGGCAGGUCAAGGUUUGGCCUAAAGGUCUCGGACACGCCAGGAACCUAGUGGGCAUCUACCGGCUGUGCCUAACUGACAAGACUGUCAACUUUGUCAAACUCAACUCUGACGUGGCAGCUGUGGUGUUGCAGCUGAUGAAUGUUCGCAGGUGUGGCCAUUCAGAGAAUUUUUUCUUCAUCGAGGUGGGUCGCUCGGCGAUUACCGGCCCCGGAGAGUUCUGGAUGCAGGUGGAUGACUCCGUGGUGGCUCAGAACAUGCAUGAGACCCUGCUGGAGGCCAUGAAGGCCCUGAGUGAGGAGUUCCGUCAGCGCAGCAAAUCUCAGUCUGUGGGUACAUCAUGUGGAGGCGGCACCGCUUCGAACCCAAUCAGCGUCCCAAGCCGUCGGCAUCAUCCGAAUCUGCCGCCGAGUCAGGUGGGGUUCUCCAGACGAGCCCGCACGGAGACGCCUGGAACAGGUGGCAGCAGCACAAGCACUUCACCCACGUCACGCCACGGGUUCCCAAGGGCACGGACCGCCAGCAUCGGGGCUAGGUCGGAGGAGGGCGGGGCAAGUGCCAAAGGGACAUGGGCCAGCUCCAGCCCGAGUCUUAACGGUUCCUGCUCGACUACGCCAACGCUGAGACCCAAGCCCACCAGGGCCCCAACUCCUGCUAAGAUUACCCUCAGCCUUGCACGUUACACACCUAACCCUGCUCCUUCUCCUGCGCCGAGUUUAUCCUCCAGCUCUGGUCAUGGCUCUGAGUGCGGCCUAGUGGGGGCAGCAGUGGGAGGCAUGACGAUCUGCUCCUACCCUCGUGUUUCUCAGAGAGUUUCUGUUUCAGGUUCGCCGAGCGACUAUGGCUCCUCAGACGAAUACGGCUCCAGUCCUGGGGAGCACUCUCUGCUUGUACCUGGACAUCACGUACACGGAGAAGGCUCCUCGAGCUAUAUAGUGAUGGGACAGCGGGAGGGUCUCCUUGGUUCCCAUCAUCGCUCAAAAGGCCGACGUAUUUUGCGGCGCUCCUCCAGUCGAGAAUCUGAGGCAGAACGCAGGCUACUGAGUAAGAGGGCUUCUCUGCCUUUGGCAGCCCAUGAACGCCUGACCCCACACAGAAAAGAUGAAGAUGACGAAGAUGAUGAAGAAUAUGCCAUCAUGUCGCAGAGUGCAAACAGAGACAGAGCUGAUUUGCACCACGGCUCAGGGGGUCUGGCUGUUGGUGGUGGGCAGCUUGAUGCAGGGAAAAAUCGUAAGAGGGCUGACAAAAGCAGGCAGGAAGUGGAAGGUGGAGCAGCUGUGGAUAGUGGCUAUAUGUCCAUGUUGCCUGGAGUGACGUCUCCCCCAGUUUCACUCUCUCUCUCGAUAGGUAUGUCUGACACCAGUGCUAAACCUGGGGCAGAUGAUGAGUAUAUGGCCAUGACCCCCAACAACAGCGUGUCUCCCCCUCAACACAUGCGCCAGCCCAGCACAGAGGGCUACAUGGUCAUGUCUCCCAACAGCAGCAGCGCCACAGACCUACACGGACUGGGCAUGUGGGAUAGCAGGGCCAGCAUGGAGAGCCGGGCUGCCAGUGACUACAUGAACAUCUCACCUGUGUGCAGCCGCUCCGCCUGCAGCACACCGCCUUCCCACCCCGAACAGCACCAACUGCAACCAAAAAUGUUCAAUUCCUACUUCUCUCUGCCGAGAGCCUAUCAACAUACGCUCUACACUCGCUUCGAGGAAGAUUUGAACAAAGGGGAAGGAAAAAAGGACAGCAGUGGGCUUGAUGGUGCUGGAAGGGGAGGGGGAGUGGGAUACAGCAAGAGAAACAAAAUUGCAGCGGGCUCUGCAGGAGGCUGUCAGCUUUCCAUGUCUUCCUCUUCCUUCUCCUCCAGCUCAGCAAGCAGCGAGAGCCUGGAAGACAAGUCCGUAUCGGCAGGGAGAGGGUUAAGUUUAUUAAGAACUGGAGGAGAGUAUAAGUUUGCGGGCACAAAAGAUGGGCGUCAUCAUCAAAAACGUGGAUCAAGUAGUAAGAGUCCGAAGCAACAAAGGAGGGGUCGUCCCCUCAGUGUGUCUUCGGACAUUACGAAAGCGAACACGCUGCCCAGGGUGAAGGAGAAUCUGCUGCCGUCAGUGUCUCAAAACGUCGGUGAGUAUGUCAGUAUUGUGUUCAAGGAGGACGAUGGCGGAGGACGACGUUUGAGGUCUGAACGCGGACAACCUGUGAUCCACGGAACCCUCCGGCCUGUGAAUCAACCGCUUCUCUGCCAUGAUAAUCCCGCUAACCUUCCCCGCAGCUUCUCCGCUCCGUUGUCCACCUCCGCAGAAUACGUCAGCAUGGAUUUAGGGAAGUCCUCAAUGCCCCUGACUCCUGUUAGAUCCACGUUCAGCACCCCACAGGGCCCACCAGCUGUUGCCCCCAAAACCCGACAUGAACACAGCACAUCCUCCCCUUUGGCAGCAGAGGGCAACGCUGGGUACAGAACGAAAGUAAAGGUGGCGGCAAUGCCAACAGACGCUUCUGCUCCCUUUAUGGACAGCAAAGGUUCAGAUCCCAGCAUUUCAGCACGACCUGCCAUCCACUCUGGUCAGCCGUUAUCCAUGGAGCAGGAGACAGGCUUGGGCUUUUCCCCGGUUAAGUCCUUCAAGUCUCCUGAGCGGAGCAGCAGAUCGGUACGGGGAGACCUGCAGGGACGGCCGAGCCACCGUUCAGAGACAUUUAACUCACCUCCGUCCCUACCGCGCCACACAUCCUCUUCUACCUCCAUCUUCCCGGAGGGCAGCCAGGCGGUGAGCCAUCGGCAUGGUUUGGAUUGCUCGCUGUGGGAAAACAGGCAGGCAGCGAGUUUAUCCGCCACACCUCCACCACAAGCCUCCACCUCAUCUGCUGAACAAGGCCUUAACUAUAUCGACCUUGACCUGGCUGUUAAGGAGAGCCCUCAAGCCGGAGUGGAGCGCACCUCCGCCGCCUACAAUAUCGGAGGAAGUGCGAUGGGCAGCAGCGCCGGCUCCACCCUCAACACUUACGCCAGUAUUGAUUUCUAUAAAUCAGAAGAACUGAGAGCACACCAGAACAGUAGAAAGGAUGGUCAAGAUUGUUGAUCUCCAUCUUGGAUGCGAGCGUGACGCCGGUGUGACAGCUCCACACUCAGUCUGUGAGAGGACAGCCUGUUGCCACAACAGAACUGUACACUGGAGUCUGAACACUGAAAACCCUGGAAAACCCAUCCCCAUCCCGUCGGCUGUUUUCUGUCAACCAAACGUGUGCCAAACACUC